GAUUACUACUAUCUCUCUGUGAAGGCUCUGUACACAGUGGGAUACAGCACUUCUCUCGUUUCCCUCACCACCGCCAUGGUUAUCCUGUGUCGUUUCAGGAAGCUUCACUGCACGCGAAAUUUUAUCCACAUGAACCUCUUUGUUUCAUUCAUCCUACGUGCAAUAUCUGUAUUCAUUAAAGAUGGGGUUCUUUAUGCUGAACAGGAUGGCAACCACUGUUUUAUCUCAACGGUGGAAUGCAAAGCAGUGAUGGUGUUUUUUCACUACUGUGUCAUGUCCAACUACUUCUGGCUUUUCAUUGAGGGAUUGUACCUUUUCACGUUAUUGGUAGAAACCUUUUUCCCGGAGAGGAGAUAUUUCUACUGGUACACUAUUAUUGGCUGGGGUACCCCAACAAUUUGUGUCACUGUUUGGGCAGUGCUGAGACUUCACUUUGAUGAUACUGGCUGCUGGGACAUGAAUGACAACACUGCCUUGUGGUGGGUGAUCAAGGGUCCCGUGGUUGGCUCUAUCAUGAUAAACUUUGUGCUUUUUAUUGGCAUAAUUGUGAUACUUGUGCAGAAACUCCAGUCACCUGAUAUCGGUGGCAAUGAAUCCAGCAUUUACUUGAGGCUGGCUCGCUCUACACUACUGCUUAUCCCCUUGUUUGGAAUUCACUACACGGUGUUUGCUUUUUCUCCUGAAAAUGUCAGUAAGCGGGAGAGACUAGUGUUUGAAUUGGGACUGGGAUCUUUCCAGGGUUUUGUUGUUGCUGUUCUCUAUUGUUUCUUGAAUGGGGAGGUGCAAUCAGAAAUAAAGAGAAAAUGGAGGAGCUGGAAAGUCAACCGAUAUUUUGCUGUGGAUUUCAAACAUCGUCAUCCUUCUCUAGCGAGCAGCGGAGUGAACGGGGGGACACAACUCUCCAUUCUGAGCAAGAGCAGCUCUCAGAUUCGGAUGUCCAGCAUAAAUGCGGAGAACCUAGCGACAUGA